GCCGGUUUUUAAGUAAAUAAAACACUUGGAUUAUCGGACUUAGGUUGGAGUUCAUAGUUUAAUAGUGUUAACAGUUUCAUCAUGUCUUUAAACCUAUCCGGAAAGUCAUUCCUUGUGACAGGCGCGGGCCGCGGACUGGGGCGUUCCGUUUCCGCCACCCUUCACUCCUAUGGCUGUAAGGUGUACGCCCUAAGCCGGUCCCUGGAACCUUUAGACUCCUUAGUGAGGGAACACCCGGGAAUCAUACCGAUACAAGGUGAUAUUGCAAAUAUCGAGGAUAUCAGUGAGAAAUUGAAGGACAUAGAAGCAUUGGAUGGUUUAGUGAACAAUGCUGCAACGUCUAGGAUUGAGCCAGUGUGUGCAAUAGAUUGUACGCGCGAUUUGAUGGCGUCUGUUAUGGACGUCAAUGUUUAUGGGACUAUAAAUAUAACGCAGAUCGUGGCAAGAAAGAUGAUUGAGGCAGGAAAGAGCGGUUCUAUUGUGAAUGUGUCCAGUACAUGGUCACUUCAGGCAACACCUCAGUGUAUGGUCUACACUGUAUCAAAGGCGGCGCUGGACAUGGUAUCCAAACAGUUUGCUUUAGAGCUUGCACCGCACAAGAUCAGAGUCAAUUCCAUCAAUCCAACAUAUAUUGUACCUGAAGACGAUAAGCAUUUGGAUGAGGACCGAGAGUCGCCGUUUGCAUCGUACUUUCGGUCACAUACUCCAGGCCGGCGACUUUGUGGCACAAGUGAAGUGGUGUCGCCAAUAAUGUAUUUGCUCAGUGACCUGUCCACUAUGGUUUCCGGGACUGUAAAUGUUGUAGACGGCGCUAUGCUGUCAUCAUUUAGUUCAGCUUCCACGUUUAAUGACAUAUUUAAUAUUUAAUCGUGUAUAUGUAGAUUAUGUUUCGAUUGUAAACAAAGCUCAAAUAAGUAAUGUGAAUGACGUUAUAGGACGUAAACUUCUUUGAAGUCUGGUGAACAUUAUUAUCACCGACUUCGGAAGAAUUUGGACAUGAGCCACACUGAACACUUUGUGGCAGACCAUUGUUAAAAAUCCUGUGCAAUACAGCAAAAGUGAUGAUCUGUAAAUAUGAAUAUAUUUUAACGUUAUUUCCUAUAAAUUGCAAAAUAUAAAACCAAAAUAUUAAAAAACACUAUUUUAUCGAU